AUGGCCGAGUUGGAUCCUAGAAUCUAUACGGUGGCAUGGAUUGCUCCUUUGGAAAUCGAGGCACAAGCUGCGCUGCACAUGUUGGACAGUCGACACUCAGGCAGAUUUCGCAUGGAACGAGGAGAUGACUACGUCUUCCAAGCUGGCGAUGCAUGCGGGCACAAUAUCAUCAUAGCGACUCUACCAGCCGGUGAACUCUACGGCACGGGCUCUGCUGCGGCUCUUGCGAGCCAGGUGAAGAAGUUCUUCCCUAAUCUUUGGUUUGGCUUGCUAGUUGGAGUCGCAGCUGGUCUUCCGAAUCUAUCGCGCUGUCCACCGCUGGAUAUCCGUCUGGGUGAUGUCCUUGUGGGCCUUCCUAUUGGAGAUAACGCUGGCUUGAUACCAUAUGACCUCGGGAAAGAGACUGCAAACGAUGGAUUUCAGCUACUGCGCGCCGGCCACGGGUUGGCUAGGACCGAAACUGUCGUCAGAUCGGCCAUCGGUAGCAUCAAACUCAUGGCACCACACGACGCAGACGAGAUUUUACGGCAUUACAAAAUGAUCCAGCACAAAGAACACUCUUUAGGCACUUUUGAUGACCCGGGACAAGAGCGAGACGUAUUGUAUCAAGUUGACGAGCGCGGCAUCGACAGUCCAGUACAACGUGAGCAAAGGCCAGUCUCGAAGCGCACUCGAAUAUGGUAUGGAUCAAUAGGCUCAGGUGAAAAGGUUUUCAAAAACGCGCAAAAACGCAACGAACUGAGGGAUAAAUUCAACCUCAUCGGCCUUGAGAUGGAGGCGGCUGGCACGAUGGAUCGAAUUCCUGUCGGAGUGAUUCGGGGAGUCUGUGAUUAUGGGGACGAACACAAGAAUAAAGAGUGGCAACCAUAUGCUGCUGCAACGGCUGCUGCUUACGCAAGAGCGGUUCUGGAAAAGAUAGGACCAAUCACCAGUGAGUUGGUCCAGUUCCGACUCUCUACUCUCCUUGUCUAG